AUGGCGAACUCAAAAGACGACGAUGGCACUCCCGCACCCGCGACGAAUCCACCGAUCAAACCACAACAGCAACAGAAUAAAGGGAAGAAACCCUUUCCGAGGCCUAAUAAUAAGGUCGAUAAGUCUAAGCUUCCUAAUCCACUCCACUUAACGAAAUCAGAAACCGCUUUGACUAAUGACCCGCUAUGGAAGGACUCUUUCAUUCUGGAUGGUGAGACAGGUGUUAUGAAUGAAGAGGCAGUAGAAGACUUCGAACCGGACGCCGCAGGAUAUGUUCAUUUAGUUGACUUAGAGUAUAAGGCAAUUGCUGAUGUCGAUAAACCAUAUGCUAAGGUUAUAUCACCAUCCCUCCACUCGUACUAUCAUUGCAUUUUGUAUUGGUACAAGAUGGCUCUACUCGCCCAGCGCCACGGGACCGCUUCCCAGGACCAAGAGCGCCUGGUGCACUUUGUUAGAGGCUACGGAGGUUUAAAAAUUGCCGCAGGAGCAGCAGAAUACCUCGAAGGCUUAGGCGACUUCACUGACGCCACAGGCAUUAGACAUGUGCUCAGCUCACCUGAACCCAACGCCCAAGGGCAUUUUGGCCAGGCCACAGCUGCAACGCAUGCUAAUUAUGAGAUGUUGCCUGCACCUGCAAUCUUCUUAGCACGUGUGCUCGAAGAUUUGCAAACGACAACGCAACGGUCUCAACGCACGCAACGCUCAACGCACGUAACGCUCAACGGUCUCAACGCACGCAACGGUCUUAACGCACGCAACGCUCAACGCACGACUGGCAAAAUGGAAGCAUAUCCAAGACAUGUGUUUGCACCUGCACACACAGAACAACAUAUUAAUCCAAAUGGGAAACAAAAAAUGAAAGUGAAGUUAGCAGCAAAAGUUUUACGUCAUUCGGUUGCUGCAGGAUUAUUUGCUAAAGUUUCUUCAAACCGGGGUCUCACCAUGAAGACCCAUAUUAAGAACAUCUCCGCCAGGGCGAGGGCUGCCACUCACGAGCUGGCCCCCGUCCUCAGGUCUCGCUUGCCGCUGCGCACGAAGCUUGGGAUGUACAAAACAUAUGCGGACGCGUGA